AGGGCAGAAAGGAAGGAGAUGAGUCCCAACACUGUUCUAAUGCUCUUCAUUCUCUCUCUCACACGCAGCAGGGCAGAGAAUGCAGAGGAGCGGCUGGUGAACUACCUGUUGGGUCCGGAGCGCUACAACAAACUGAUCAGACCAGCUGUCAAUAAGAGCCAGCAGGUCACCAUCUCCAUACAGGUGUCUCUGUCUCAGCUCAUCAGUGUAAAUGAGAGAGAACAGAUCAUGACGACCAACUUGUGGCUGUUUCAGGAGUGGAAUGACUACAGGCUGAGGUGGGACCCAGAUAAGUAUGAAGGCAUCAAGAAACUACGAAUACCCUCCAAACAUAUCUGGCUUCCUGAUAUAGUGCUCUACAACAAUGCUGACGGCGUCUAUGAAGUUUCCUUCUAUUGCAACGCUGUGGUCUCCAACACAGGGGACAUCUUUUGGCUCCCCCCAGCCAUCUACAAGUCAGCCUGUGCCAUCGAGGUGCAGAACUUCCCCUUUGACCAGCAGAACUGCACUCUCAAGUUCCGCUCCUGGACUUACGACCACACAGAAGUGGACCUGAUCCUCACGAGUGACUUUGCCAGCCGUGAUGACUUCACGCCUAGUGGAGAGUGGGACAUCGUCUCGCUCCCAGCACGUAAAAAUGAGGACCCCAACGACAUCACUUACCUCGACAUCACCUAUGAUUUUGUGAUACAGAGGAAGCCGCUGUUUUAUACCAUUAAUCUGAUCAUCCCUUGUGUGCUGAUCACGUCGCUGGCUAUCCUGGUGUUCUACCUGCCAUCAGACUGCGGGGAGAAGAUGACGCUGUGCAUCUCAGUGCUGCUGGCGCUCACUGUGUUCCUGCUGCUUAUUUCAAAGAUAGUGCCACCCACCUCUCUAGCAGUACCACUCAUAGGUAAAUACUUGAUGUUCACUAUGGUGCUGGUCACUUUCUCCACUGUGAGCACUGUGUGUGUCCUCAACGUGCACCAUCGCUCCCCAUCCACCCACCAUAUGCCCGACUGGGUCAAUCGCCUCUUCUUAGUCCGUCUUCCCACAUUCCUCCUCAUGAGGCGUCCAGGCUCUUCCAAUGUCCGUGAUAAGCUCCGCCGGAAGUACGCUAACCGGAAUACCACGAGGAAGAACAAUUCCCAGAACACUGACUCCUUCUACGUGAAUGAAGACUUGGCCCACAGGUUUUGUUGGAAAGUGGGAGACAUCCCAGAUGGGGGUGGUGGGUUUUCAGACUUCCGGAGGCCUUUGGGCACUCAAUGGGAUGCAGAUCUGGAGGAGGCAGUGGAUGGAGUGAAAUACAUCUCUGAACACAUGAAGACUGAAGACGACGAUGAAGGGAUAAUAGAAGACUGGAAGUACGUAGCCAUGGUGAUAGACCGUCUGUUCCUGUGGAUCUUCAUCCUGGUGUGUGUCGUGGGAACACUUGGGCUCUUCAUGCAGCCGCUGUUCCAAAGCUAUAACACGCCCACUGCUGAUGACACUGAGUGA